UGUAAUUCUCGGAAAACAUUAAGACCAGCAGAUUGCAAAGCAACUUUGACUGUUGGAGGAAAUGCAAUUUUGAAAACGAAAGAACCAUAAACGUCUGAUUGCUCAGAGAAUUACUGCUGCACAGAAGGUAUGGCUGGUAAAAUAGAUGCACGGCAGAAAUGGAUUUUAUUGAAGCAAGCACUUCCUAGAGGGAAGAGAAAAGCAGUUACAAGUAAUCCAGAAGAUGACUUUGAAUGUGAAGAUCCCAAAGUCUGCAUCCAUUUGCUGCAGGACCUUAAUCUUAGAAACUACUAUCUCCUGAAGAAGUACCUGACAAAUUGUAGUAACAUGUGGAUGGUAGAAUUUCUAGAACUCAGUGGCCUCGACCUGAUGCUGAAAGCCUUAUAUAAGUUGUCAAGCAGAGGAGUGCCUAAGAUUGAUGAUGCCCUUCUACAACUCACCUGUGUGAGCUGUGUAAAAGCUGUGAUGAAUUCUCCAAAUGGAAUUGAGCAUCUUGCGAAUGAUGAAAACCAGAUUAGAAAACUACUACAAGCUCUGAAUACAUCUGUGAUCCUGGUGAAGAAACAAGUAUUUGAUUUGCUGGCAGCACUCUGCAUGUACUCCCCAGAAGGUCAUGAUCGGGUUUUAUAUGCACUACAACACUACAAGAAUGCACAGAGGUAUCAAUAUGGAUUGAAUGUCAUUAUGAGUGAACUCCAAACAGAUAAUGUUCCUUAUCUGGUAUCACUCCUGAGUGUGAUCAAUGCUCUUAUUCUGGGAACUGAAAACUUGCAAAAACGGGCAAGGCUCAGAAAUCAAUUCAUUGGUCUUCAUUUGCUGGAUGCACUGCCAAAUCUCAGAAAAAAAGAUGAUGUAGAUGUAUUAAUCCAGUGUUCCAAAUUUGAGGAAGCCAGGGCAGAAGACGAUGAAGAUUUAACAAGAAUCUAUGAUAUGAACUGCCAUCAAGAUGUUUUUGCAGCAUUGUUUAAUAAAGUGCACACCUCCCCAGCUUCUAUUCAGCUUCUAUCAAUUCUCCAGGGUCUCUUGCAGCUGGAACCAUCUAACGAGAGCGGUGCUCUGCUCUGGGAAGUCCUAGAAAUAUUGGUGAAUAGAGCCAUCCUAAUUGCUCAUGACAGUCCAGAAACUGAUGUCAAUACAAUCAUGAAAAGACUUGUCUCAGUUAAACUGAAAAGAAACGAUCAGACUGUGGAGCGAGAAUUGAUUGUUAGCAAGCCUGAAAAUCAUGAUUGUCCUGAACCUAAAUAUUCAACUGAAGGAAGUCUGAAGUGUACUUACUCUAUCACUACCCCACCUGCACCAACUCCCACUCCUCCCCCUCUCCUUCCCCCACCACCUGGAGCUCUUCCUACCUCUUCAGAUAAGACAGAUAUUCCAAGACCAUUCUUGCGGAUGAAAAAGCUGAGUUGGCAAAAACUCUCAAAAGUAGCUUCAGAAAGGAAUUCUUUAUGGUUACUUGGCCGUAAUAAUUCCAUAAGUCCUGAUUAUGCCAGAAUCGAACAGCUUUUCUGCUUCUCCUUCUCUCAAACAAAAAGGAAAGAUCAAGCCCUCUUCAAAAAAGAGUCAAAGGAGGUCACAUUUCUGGACUCUAAGAAAAGCCUGAAUUUGAACAUAUUUUUAAAACAGUUCAAGUGCUCGAAUGAAGAACUAGCAGCCAUGGUCCAAAAGGGUAGCAAAUCUGAAUUUGAUACGGAAGUUUUGAAACAAUUUAAGAAACUCCUGCCAGAUGAACAUGAAAGAGAAAAUAUAAUCACUUACAAAGAAGAAAAAGAAAAAUUAGCAAAUGGAGAUCAUUUCUACCUUUGCCUUCUCGAAGUGCCCUGCUAUGAGUUACGGAUUGACUGUUUACUUUCAUGUGAAGACAUAAUAGUUCUACAAAAUGUUCACCAACCAAAUGCAAAACUGAUUAAGAAGGCGUGUGAAAAUCUCCUAUCUUCUUCAAGACUGCCCCAGUUCUGUCAGCUAAUACUUAAAAUUGGAAACUUUCUCAACUACGGUAGUGCCAUAGGAAGUGCAAAUGGAUUCAAAAUAAAUAGUUUGGUUAAACUCAAAGAGACGAGAGCAAAUGAGCCACAAAUCACACUGCUACAUUACGCUGUGCAGGAAAUUGAAAAAUCCUAUCCAGAUCUUCUAAAUCUUCCUGAUGACCUCCAAUCAAUAUCAGAAGCAGCGAGUAUCAAAAUUGACUCAAUCCAAUCUGAAGUAAACAGCCUUUCACAGCACUUAAACAAGAUCAGUGAUGACAUUGAGUCAUCCAUAGAUGAUAUAAAAUUACAAUUCAGAAAUCCAAUUCAGCAAGGCCUCACUGUAUCUGAGGAGCUCAAGGAUCUUCUGAAAGCUAUAGAGUGCAAAAGAAAGGAGUUGGCUCAAUAUUUCUGUGAAAAUGAAAACAAGUUUUCACUGGAUGAAUUGUUCGUCACAAUCAAAAAAUUCAGAGAACUGUUCUUGCAAGCGAUAAAGGAUAACAAUGAACAAAAACAAAAGACCACAAAAAUGAAGAAAAGAGAGAAACAACUUGCUAUGCAAGUUGCAAAUGAACCAAAUGAACACAACACAAAACAAGAGAGGAACAAUAUUGUUGAAAGACUUCUUUUUAACAUAAAGAAAGGCUUUUGUCAGAAAAGUAACUCUAUGAACAAAUGUAAAGCAGAAUUUGCUCCAGAAUCUCCUGCAACCAAAAUAUUGGAAGAUCGAGCAAAGCCUGAUAUCUACUUUGGAACUGCAAGAAAGUAAUUUCUUAAAAGUGCUCUAAAUUACAAGAUUUUCCUGAAUCUCAGCUUCCGUCACAAUCUGGAUAAGAUUUCCAAUGUGAGAUCUUCAAUUGUAAAAGGAUCUGAAAGAGAUCAACCAGAAAAGCUGAUGACAAUUAUUUAAUGAAUUAGUUCUGACUGUAAUGCUCCACGUUUUCACAAGAUGCAGACAAUGUAUAAAGAUUAAGUUGGUAACAGAUUCUCCUGGAAACUAUAUUCAAUGAUUAACUCUUGCUUUCUCCACAAUAUGAUUGUAUCACCAAAUGAAAUAAUUACCAGAUGCUUUUAAGACUUAAUUUUUAAAAAAAAAUUUUGUCUGUUAACAACAUGCUUUUAUUCACUGAAUAAAACAGUGUGUUAACUUGUCCUGCUUAUGAUUUGGACCUAAAACGCUUCUGUAUCUCAGGAAUUGUUUCUUCUAUGCUGACCAAUUUAAUUCUCUGCUAAAACUAUCUGUAAUUUUGAAACUGCCUGGAGAUGUAAUAACUUUUGCUAUUUCCUUGAUUAAAUUAAAUUCUCAAUUUAAAUUCAGAACUUCUUAAAAUUAAAUAAAUUUUGUAAGUUCAGCUUUUCUUCAUUAAGUUUGAAUUGUGCUUUUAAUUCAACCACUAUAAAGCUUGUCCAGAAUAUUCAGAACUAACAAUAAUUUUUGAAAUUGUAAUUAAAUUUUAAUUGCUGAUAAAGCAAGACAAAUCAUCUCAUAAGCUGCAAAAUUACAAUGAGUUCCUGCUUUAAUAAAGAAGCAAAGAUCCUUUCCUUAUUUUUGUUUUGGAUUUUUUUGCUCUGUUUUAAAUGGUUGGAGUUUUUUAACCUCUGUACUGUAAAGAUAUUCUUUCAAUAAAGCUUUGUUAAUUUUAAA